CAGCUGCUGAAACAAAAGCGGCCCAGGGUAGGAGAGGGUCUGUCGUCUCUAUGUUGCAGGUGGAAUAACGUUUCAGACCGGUGCAAGGAGCCCCGCGCGAGAAACACGAUGGAGGCAGCUGAUCGAGAGGUGUUGAUCAGGGAUGCUGAUCCGUUUGUAGCGCCUCCCAAUGGCGGCAUAAAUGAACUGCUGAAUGUGGACCAAGAAGAAAACGCACAGGAGCAGGAGUUUCUUGGCCCACAAGCAGAGUACAACGAGGAGGAGGAGGAGAGGAAGUACUACAGGAGGAAGAGGCUUGGAGUCAUCAAGAACGUCCUUGCAGCCAGUGUUGGAGCCAUGAUUCUGUACAGUGUGUACAUGGGUCUACUGCAGAUGCAGCUAAUACUCCAUUAUGAUAUGACCUACCGCGAAGUGAAGUACAGCAACCUUGGCCUGGAGGACAUCGAUCACAAGAUGCUGAUGGGCAUCAACGUCACGCCCAUCAUAGGUCUGCUGUACACCCCCGUACUUAUCAGGUUUCUAGGUACAAAGUGGAUGAUGUUCCUCGCUUCAGGGAUCUACGCACUCUUUGUGUCGACCAAUUACUGGGAGCGGUACUACACCUUGGUCCCAUCGGCCGUGGCUAUCGGCGUGGCCAUCGUGCCGCUCUGGGCCUCGUUGGGAAAUUACAUUACAAGGAUGGCGCAGCAGUACUACGAGUAUGUGAACUACAGAGAAGAGCAUGUGCAGGAGCAGAAGAAGCUCCCUAAGGGCGCAUGCCACAGCUACAUCAUCGUCUUCCAGUCCAUCUUCUUCAUCAUCUUCCAUCUGAGUUUUGUCUUCGCUGAGUUCCCGAUGCGCUUCGUCCUCAACGGCUACCUGCGAGAAAACGAACACAUCCUCAAAAAUGUCCAUAACUGCGGAGCAAACAUCAAAGGUGUGAUCCCCGGGUUCAACACCACCGUGCUCAGUAGGCUGCCUCGCUCCAUGCUGCUCAUCCAAGUGGAAAGCGUCCUCAUGGGCUUCGCCUUCCUCUCCAUGAUCAUCUUCCUGGUGCUGUGUGGCGCCGCCUACCGCCCCACCGAAGAGAUCGACCUCCGCAGCAUCGGCUGGGGAAACAUCUUCCAGCUGCCUUUCAAACACCUGAGGGACUACCGCCUGCGCCUGCUCUGCCCCUUCUUCAUCUACAGCGGCUUCGAGCAGAUGUUCGCCAUCACUGGAUUCUCCCUUUCCUAUGGCGUGUGCGCUCUGGGCCUGGAUAAGCUGUGGCUCCUCAUCCUCGUGUACGGCCUCUCCUGCUCCGUCUUCUCCUCCCUCUCCCUCUGCCUCCUCCGCCUCCCGCGCUGGGUGUGUCUGGUGGGGGGGGCCGUGGUGCACCUAGUGCUGCUGGUGGCUCUCCUGGCUUUCUCUCCAACCCCGAAGACGCCUUCAUAUCUGGGUCCUCUGCUGGCGAUCUCUGUGCUGUGGGGACUUGGCAGCGCCCUGAACAAGACGGGCGUCAGUACUCUGCUGGGCAUGCUGUACGGUGAGGAAAAAGAGCGUCUUGACUUUGUCUUCACCAUCUAUCACUGGUGGCAGGCCAUCGCCAUCUUCAUCGUCUACCUCUGGUCCAACAUGCCUAUGAGGGCUAAGCUCUCAAUCGUGUUGGCCACCUUGCUGCUGGCCUGCUUCUGUUACGGGGUGAUGGAGCGCCGGCUGGCCAGGAAGAUUCCUUUCAGACUGCCUCGCAUCCCUCGGCCCCGGCACAAGGUAACCAGUCACCGUCUGACAGCUGAAGAAUAAAGGUCAACCUUUAUUUGUCCCUUUAUAAUCAGUUGCAGCUUGCAGAUAAGGAGAAUAUAUUUUAGGGUAUUUAACUGAACAAAUUGAACAAAUUGAAAACAGGAAUUCAUUCUCCACUCCACAGCAAAACUAAUAUUGAUGUCCAUGUGAUGUAGAAAAGCAGCCAUUAUCUGUUCC